AUGUCAGAACCACCUACGCCAGUGCAUGCUGGGCCCAACGAGCAGCUGGAUAUUGAUGACAUCAAGGAGCUGAGCGAUGAGGAUAUCGAAGAGCUGGAUUUGAAGCCGGACAUGGACACUGAUUCGUUAUCUGAAAAGCAUCAAGGGGAGUAUGUACAAGAGAAUGGGGCUGUGAAGCGAGAGCAUAGCAUAUUGUCGAAUGAGGAGCUGUAUGGGGAGGACGAGCGCUCAGAUUUUCAGCCUCGAGUUAACAUCAAUUCACCAUUUUCUUCCUAUGCCAAUCUGCGAGCCCUUGACGAUAGAGCUAGACCUAAGCCGCAGAGACGACUGUCUAUGUCCCAGCAGUCGAAGUUUAUUGCAUAUUGUGAUCAAAAACUCAUGGACAUUCAACGAAAAUUUGUCCAAUCUCGUGGGCUUAACACACAGAAUGGGUACCAAGGCCUGGAGCCCUUGUUACAGGACGUUAAAUGCCUGGUGGACUUCAUAUGGUACUCAUUAGAUGGAUCCCCCAAUACUGAUGUACUAUUAACAGAGGAGCUUCAAUCCGAUGACUCUAUGGGAAUGAAGAUGAACAAUAACAAUAUGGCUAAAGACACUUACUUCGGCCAGUCCUCUUAUCUCAUCAAGAUAGCAGAUGAUUUGCUAGACUACAUAGAAAAAUUUGACUUAAAGUUUUUAUCUGGUGAGGAAUUACACCAAACGUUAUCGAAACUGUUCAAACUACUGUUUAUUCUGGAUAGAAUAUUCUCCAAACUGAUCGACGGUGACAUACCCGGUGGGAAAAGGUUAAAUGGUACAGAAUCCGUAAGAGUUAAUGGUAUUGCUGAGAGGACUAGGAUGAAAUUACCUGUCAUUUUUGAAAGUCAGGAUUUACACGGCUACCAUUUUGAAGUGAGUAAAGUGUACGAAAAUACAUUAGAGAGAUGUUCCAGAUAA